AUGACGCCCCCUGCCCGCGGACGGGGUACCAACCAGCGCAGCCCGACCGUCCUGGUCACAGAUUCCCGCGAUCAGCAGCCUGCGUCGGCGCCCCGCCGCCGCCGGUCCCCUGCCACCCGCUUUAUCACCGUCGACAACAUCCUCCAGUAUGCCUCCGAUGUCCCGUCCAUGCAGCAGCGGAAUCCAGGGCCGGCGUCGCGGUCGCGCCGUCUUGCGUCGGCCACGGGCGGCUUGAUCGGUAGUGCAGUCGGAAGCAGUGCGGGCGCUGCGGCCAGUGCAUCAAGCAAGGGUGGCCGGCUUGCGGCGCAGCCGCGGCUGCCUCCGCGCACGACCAAGGUCAGCGAGAAGCUGGUGCUACUGCCUGAUACCGGCGGUGUUGGCGAGCCGGAUGAGGGCGAAGAGGAAGACGAGGAAGGCAGCGGCGAGCGCGAUCUCGUGGAUGAGGAGCUUGUGCAGCGGCUGGCGCGGGAUAGACAUACUGAUCCUGAGGCGAUCCGGCAGCAAUUGCUGGCGCAGAAGAAGCUCAGUGGCGACUUUGGGGUUGAUAAUGAUGCUGCGCCUUUGUUGGCGAAUGAGGAGCUGCUGAGGAAGAGGCGUGUUGGGCCGGAGCGCGCGAAGAGCUAUGCUGAGCGGUUGCCUAAGGCCCGGCGGACGGAGAAGCUUGCGCGGGUAACGGCUUAUUGUACGGCGCAGGGGUACAAGAUGGGGUCUGUGGCGGCGUUUGUGAAGGAAACGCAUGGUGCAAGGACGAAGCUUUAUGACGAUUGUUUGUACACGGCAUACCACCUGCCUCUUCUGCCCGGCCACGAGGGGUAUCGUCUGUGCAGUAGUCCUGUGUUGAAAUUCCCCGGCGGAAAAUCUUUGCUUGAUGAGGAGAUCGAGCGGAAUGAGCUGCGCGACCAUCACGAGGAUUACAUGGGCGAGGCGGAGGAGCAUUCGGUUGGUGGGCAUGGCCGACAUGAGGAUGAGCAUCAUCCUGAGGCGUCGCCGCAGCAUGAGGAUGACCGUGGCUCCUCCCGCUCCCGGGAGGAGCAUCGGGAGGGCUUCCUUGACCGGAUCUCAGAGGAGGAUGGUCGCAUUCAUGAGGAGCAGGAACAUGCUAUUGGCGCCGAAGAUAGCGGUAAUCCGCACAGCACGGCUCAGCCGGCCGUCGAACCGGCUCAAGGAAGCCCCGAACUGGCCCCACGACGCCGCCGACACAGCUCCGAUGAUGGCCACGCUCGGCCGCGAGAAAGCGCUUCCCCGCCACAGUCGACCUCACCUUCCUUGAGGCCCGAAACACCGGCGCGAACUCUCUACAAUGUCGCCGAGAUGUUCGUCUUCAGCUACGGCGUGGUAGUCUUCUGGAAUUUCACGGAGCGGCAGGAGAAAGAUCUCCUGGCGGAUCUAGCGUUCGCCACGUCCUCGGCGACUGGCACGCCCAUCCCGCUUGCUACGAUGCCUCUCCACGAAGAGGACUUUGAAACGGAAGAGUUCCAUUUCGAGUAUUCGACUGAGAUAUCUCGGCCUCGUGUUUACAACGAUAUGAUCACGCUCCGCAGUGGUGACCAUAUGAUCAAGCUGGCUAUUAGUCAUGGCAUUUCUCAGAGCACGAAGCUGUGCUUCUUCGAGGAGGUUAUGGCCCGCCAGAUGGCAGAUGCAAAGGAUGUCCCGCGCAGACUGGCUAUGACCGGGAAACUGGGUAUGAAGCGUGAGGAAGUCUUCCGCAUUUUGGGUCGUCUGUUUAAGAGCAGAGUGGAAGUCAAUCUCUCAUCUAAUAUGCUGGACGUCCCGAACUUCUUCUGGGAGAGCGAACCAAACCUGUACCCGCUGUACAUCGCCGUUCGCGAGUAUCUCGAGAUCAAGCCGCGUAUCCAAGUCCUCAACGAGCGCUGCCGCGUGUUCCUGGAUCUCGCCGAGAUCCUGUCCGACUCGAUUGCCGAUAACCGGACUUCUCAUCAAACCUGGAUCAUCAUCGUCCUCAUCGUCAUCUCCAUCCUCGUCACAAUCUCCGAGGUCUUCUUGCGCUUCGGCCUCCUCCAUGCCCGAGAAGGCGCCACCGCAUCCCCGGCAGCCAUCAUCGCCCGCGUCAUGGGCCGCACCCCCCGCGCCUCCCCCUCGGGCUUGUCCUACACCCCAGCUAAUGCGCCACCAGGCUGUAUCUGCCCGUCGAUCCCGUCCGCUGGCGGAUCCGACCUGAACAUGGGCGGGAUCAUGGGGCUGGGCCUUUGA